GUGAAAAAUUCACAUAUAAGGAAAAAGGAAAAUGAAAAGCAAAAAUAAUUAACCAGAACAAGCGCCUGCUGCUACUGUCUCUCCGAGAUUUGAGGUCACUCCAUUUUGUGCUGAGCUGCGAAACUCUUCCGCCAUGACUCUUCAAGCCGCUUCUUGCAGCUUCGCCGGCGUUUCUUCCUUCGCCUCUCCGCCUACAACAGCCCCCCGCCGUCAUCGCCACCAUGCCCGCACCACCGUCGUAGUUCGCGCCGAAGCUGUGGAUCCCGCGGAUAAGUCGGUCGAGAUAAUGAGGAAGUUCUCGGAGCAGUACGCCCGUAGGUCGGGGACUUACUUCUGCGUGGAUAAGGGAGUCACUGCCGUUGUGAUUAAGGGAUUGGCGGAGCAUAAAGAUUCAUUGGGUGCGCCUUUGUGCCCUUGUAGGCAUUAUGAUGACAAAGCUGCAGAAGCAGGGCAGGGAUUUUGGAACUGUCCUUGUGUCCCCAUGAGAGAGAGGUAGGCUUUCUGGUCAAGUUCUUAAUGCAUAACCUCGCUUUUCCCAAGAUUCGUGAUGAACCGGGGAAGUUUUAGGUCAUGAGAAGCUUAUUCGUUUUGGUUGAGGAUUUUUUUUUCCUGGGACUUCUAGUUAAAUUAGGUGUUAGGUUCUGGAACCUGAUUCAACUUCGUGACAGAAUUCUAUUAUUGUCUAGUGUGCAACAUGGUCCAUGAAACCGUACCGGAGACCGUACCGGGAAAGUCAGCGGUAGGGUGUUUUAUGGUAAAACCGUGGUUUAACCGUAGUUCAACCGUUAUACCGAUAAAUACCGCAUAUCGGUUUAGCCUCCGAUACUGGUAUUUCAUGGUUGAACCGCCGGUACGGUAUGGUUUAAUGGACACUGGUGUGCAAGUAUUCUCUUUCCUUGUAUGGACUGAGGAGAGAAAUGUCUUGAAAUGCUGAGUUACCACUAUGGUAGAAUCAAAUUCAAGUACUGGAAGAGGGUGGCUUAUUUCAUGUGAGAUGGCACAUGGAUUCUGCCUAACAUAUUGUUAGUUUCCUGUCUCAUUGCUAAUGAAGGGAAGGGAAAUGGUGAAUAUGACAUUACAAUUUAAUGAUUCUGUACUUGGAAGAGACGAUGGUGAAGGAAGACUCAUUCAUUAUCUGUUUGCUUGCACGUGACGAUAGUGACAGCUAUAACUUAUAAUAUCAGUGGUUGAUAAAAUUAAAGGGGAGAUUUAGACCGCAAAGACAUUGCUUCUCAUUUCUUGCUGUUGUUCAAGCCUUUCCGCUUGUUAAUUAAAAGUAAGAAAUAUGUUCAGAUUGGCUUCAAAGCUGUAACUGGGUAAGAAAGUUCGGUUGGGAAACUAAGAAACCUAGUGUUGCUGUGGCAGAUCUCGAGAAGUGGGGUGAAGAUUCAUUAAAACAGGAUAAUGAUUUGUGAAUUUGCUGAAGGUUCAGACUGAAGCUGAUUAGGGUAUGGAAGAUUGGAAUGUGAGAUGAGGAGUAGUCAUUAUCUUGAUUUGAUCUUGAGAAGUGGUUUUCAGUUGAUUUUGCUGUUUGUGCACUGCCUAUGAGUCUAGGACGGCCCUAUAAAGUCUUCGUGAUUGAGAAUGCUAGUUUCCUACCAAAACUAACAUCUUCAAAAGCUUGAGCUUUGGUUGUCACUGCUUGAUGCUGGAGUUUUCAUUGUUUGGGUUUAGGUAAAGAUCGACUUGUUUUACCAGUAAAUGUAAGUGAUAUGGCUUGUAUAAGAAAGCAAAAUGUUUCUCUUCUUACGCAAUCCGAAGCCAUCUGAGACUUGUCAUCGAAUUUUUGUAUUGUCCCAUAUUCCUGCACAGUUUCUACUAUUGAAAGAAUCACACAUUAUCUGUAGACUAGUGAAGAAACAUGCCAUUUAUGGAAGCCUGUGAUUACUGUUUUUCGGGGAGAAGACAGCUAUGUGAUUGCUAGCUAGCGAAGUUGCUAAUCAACGAAACCAAUUGCGCCUCCUGAGCCCAAGAACAGGGCAUUCUUUAGGAAGGAAUAAAAUCCAAAUAAUGUUCACCUAGUGUCUUAUUAACUUUAUGGUGAUACUCCCUUCUGUGCUUUAACUGUAAGAUGGCUAUUGCAGGAAGGAGUGUCAUUGCAUGCUUUUUCUCACCCCAGAUAAUGAUUUUGCCGGCAAGGAUCAGGCGAUCUCCUUGGACGAAAUCAAGGAAGCAACAGCCAAUUUCUAAUCUGAUUCGUGCAGGGUUAUCGAUAUGUGAGUAAUGUGAAAAACUGACCACACUUGUCAAUCAUAUUGUAUACGAGUAUUAUACUACUGGUUAUGAGAGGAGCAAUGUAGAUUGUAUGGCCACCUAAUGCUUGUAUUCAAUUUCUUCUGCAUCUCAUUCUUUCACCCCUUUCUUUCGGUUUUGCUCCUGCUGGAAUUGGGAGGCGCAGUCUGGCAGCCGAGUUCUUGUCCAGUACCAGAAAUGCCAAGUUAUGGUGCCUUUUGUCCUUGGUGGAUGUGAAUAGUUCCUUAGUUUGAUUAGUUCAAACUGAGAAAGAAAAACAAGAUAAUCACUUCUCUCCCCUCAUUUACUCAUUGUACAACUUGAGUUGGAAUACACGAACAUCUUUAACAAGGAUGAAAUACAAACUUCUGGGCUUGGUUACAUACUUACAUGGAGUUGUCCAUUCUCUACUAUUCAAUACUAGUGCUUCAUGUUGGGUGCAGAUUAGGUUGGGUAA